AUGCGCUGGCGCCAACGACCGUCUCUGGCCAAUCGACGUCUAGCUGCCACCUCCGCAGUUGUGAAGGUUGAUGACGCGCUUAAAGGUGGUGAAGAGAAAGCCCUGAUUGCCGUUUUCGGUGGAUGUUAUAAGGCGGGCACCACCUGGAACUAUCUUGCCGCCUGUGAGGUAUUUGAAGUCAGGCAAAAUAGCAGAUGGCAUAAAUUGCCCGACCUGCGACGGAAGCGGGCCGGGCUGACGGCUGUCUCCAUACCCGGUGACAAUCGGGUCUUCCUGUUUGGCGGUGAGGAUGACGCCGCCAAGAUCGCCACCGUAGAAUUCUGCUUCCUGCGGGCA